AUGCCGAGCGACAGUUCGCGCAAGACUGUCAGGUUCGGUGAGGACACCACCUCCCGCAGUGGGUCCUCCCGUUCCUCGACCUCGAGGAGUGAUUCAGGCGCUGACCCACUGUAUGAGCAGCAGGCUCUAAAGCAGGCGCUGGAAGCGACCGUGAAUCAGGUCGACGAGUGGAAGGCGAAAGCCCUGGAUAUCGAAAGACAACUCACCAAGAAACUCAGACAGGCUGACGCCAACCUGCAAGCCGUGAACAGUCGAUGCGACAACCUGGAGGAUGAGAAGAAAGAUCUCCAGCACGAGAGGAAGAAGCUCAGGGAGGCCAACAAAGGUCUGGAGGCCCGUCUCACAGCACUACAGGACGAGAAUGAGGACCUUCGAACCAACAACGACAGGCUCCACAAGAAGCUCCGGGACCACGAGAGCCAGCCUGCCACAACACCCUCUCCCAAGAGCGGCAAGCUGCACCGGAGCGAGAGCAAGCGGUCCAAGGAGUCGGAUGUCGACCAGCAGAAAGACCGCCUCAAGGGCCGCUUCGAACGCAGCGAGACCUCGAGCGAUGGAAGCUGCUCCAGGCGGUCAAGUUCCAAGGCCCCCAGAAGCAGUCGCCGCAUGAGCCAUGUCUCCUACUCCGACAGACCAUAUGUUGAGCCCCUUGGCCCCCCUGCUGCACGGCCCACCGUCACAAUACCGACAUCGCCGAGUGUGGUCAGCCCCGGACGCCGUUUCGACGGGCCUAUCGCGAUGUCCAAGACUGGCCAGCCAGCAAUGUCUCAUUACCAGGACCCGGCCUACUCCUCGACGCCUCGCAGUGCCGGCAUGGAGCGGCCCACUGUCAUUUACCAGUACGACGGGGCUAUGUCUCCAACCGCCUUCGAGAAUGGGAACUAUUACCCUCACCCUCUAUAA